AUGUUUGAUUUGGGUUUUGCCAUCUGUGGUGUGAAUAAGAAAGAUGCAAAGAUUCUUGCUAGAAAUGCUACAAACAAUACACAGUUUGAGGUUGAUAGGUUACGUGCACAAGUUUCUAUCAUGGAACAACAACAACAACAACAAAUGAAAGAACAAAUGGAAAUUGUUAUGAGGAUGAUGAAUAUGUCUGCAAAUCAACCCCGUGCUCCCCCCGAUAAUCCACCUGAGGACAAUUGAUAAGUAUUUUUGAACAAUUGAAUUUGUAAACACUUGGUAUUGUUUAUUUUGUUAAUUAGUGCUUACUUUUGUAUUAUAUUUUGGACAAUAGAAUGAAAUGUGUCAAACUUGGUAUUAGGGACGUUUUUUGGUGUAUUUAAUUUGGUAUUUGGGACA